UUUUGUCUCCUGUCUCUCAGAGUAGGCGCGUGUAAACCCUUGAAAGCGAACACGUUCCUUCCAUCUGAACUAGUCCUCCUUAACAUGAAGAACGCAACAGAAGCUGUUUCCCUGACUAUCCUCUGAAGAAGAGUUGGGUCUGGUCUUUCAAUGGGUCAGCAACUGCGUCGAGCCGUUGGGAAAGUCAAAGAAGUUGAGAGAUUUCCAUCACGGGUCGCCGCCGAUCGGAGAUCUCUUCCGAAGGAAGAGCUCACCACCGCCGGGAAAUCACCGUCUACCGCCGCCGUCAAUAGUGUUUCUGAUGAAGCUGGAAGAACAACGAGUGAUGAUAAUGUUUUAGAAGAGCGAGACCCAAAGUACGAUACAAUGUUGAAUCAAAUGGUGGGGAGGAUAAAGGCUAAACCAGGUGGCAAAGCUGAGAUGGGAGAGGCAUCGGUAGUGGAGACGUCGAAGAGGCCGCUGCCAAAGCUCCGGAACACAACUCCUGAAUCAACAAGGUAUGAGGAGAAACCGGUGCCUCAAGGAACGUUGAACGUGGCACAAGUCAGACACAUCAUGCUUCUCUAUCAGGGAAAGGCUCAGGAUCACAACGGUCCGAUGAGUGUGGAUGAGAUAGCUAAAAACUACAGGAUUGACGUCUCUCAGGUCCAGAAAAUCACUCAGUUCCUGUCUUUGCCUCCAGAGGUUACUGAUAAGCAGAAGAAACGAUAUGAAUAAAGGUUAAAAAGACUCUGUUUGGUUCAUUAUAGAAAGUUUUGCGCGUCUGUGUGUAAACACUGAACCAGAGAUGACAAUGACUUUGAUUUUUUUUUUUUUCGCUUUUUCUGAGCAAUAAUGUAAAACAGCGUAGCUAAGAAUACAAAGCUUUGUUUUUCAGUUAA